GGUUACCCUAAGGGAUCUCGGUUCCCGAAUGUGAGUCAGGGAGAUACUAAAUUUGAUAGUCAACUACGUUUGACCCCGUUUUAUCGUCACUCUCAAACUCCUUUGCUACCAGCUCUAAUAAUAAAAUUUCGUUAUCCUUUCUCUAGGAACAGUAAAAAACUGAGUUAAGUGAGAUGAUGUCACUUUAGCCUUGGGUAAGUUUAUAAAGGUGUUGCAGAAAAUAAUAAGGGAGUCAGUAUUAAAAAGUUAAUUUUUUUUCCAUGAAGGAAAAAAAGGAAAAUGUCAUUUUUUUAAUUUUCAAAACGUUUAAAGGAGCAGGCCAGGGAAGUUAUUGGCAGGAAAAAAAUCAAGGUAGUAAAUACUGAACGUAUUUAGAGCUAAAUGUAAAGACUAGAAUUUGUGCUGCAGGGAGUGGAGGGUGGCAAAUUUCAGUGUAACACAAUGAUUCUCAAGGAAUAAAAAGAAAACCUGAUAAAAUUGGAAAAUGGCCUUGAUUGGCAAAGAAGGGAUUAUCUUGGAAGCACAGAAUGUCAGAGUAUAUUAGCUGUUGCUAAAGAGACCUGAAGGUUAAUUUUUCCUACAGAAACUAAGAAAGGUCAAAAGGGAGAAGUUGAAAUUGUUUGCACUUAGCGUGUGUAGGUGGAACUAUGAAACCCUAACUAGCAACUUUCCCUGAGUUUGCAGCACAAAAAGGAAGAUUUAACUCUAGCCAAGGAAGAAAAUAUUAAAAAAUAGUGAUCCAGAGAAUGUAGUUGCGUUAGUUUGGUUGGCAUCCACAGGCUGCCUGACUCUGGGAUGGGACUUGGGAAUGGUGGACAGGACAAAGGAAGCUCCUUACCAAAGAUAGGGUAUACUGAGAUUUUUUAGGAAAAGAGAGCUGGAGACUUGAUUGUUUUGUGUUUUCUCUAGCUGUUCUGAACUUUAAUGAAGCAACUAAUGUUGCUGUUUGGGAAACACCUGCUCUGUGGGAGAUGGACACUGGUAGGAAAGGAGCAUAAGGAUUGUUGGACUAAAGCUUUGAGUGAGGUAGGAGAGAUUCAUAUUCUUCUUGAAGAAUCCAUCAGUCUUACAACAGUUUAAGGUCUGUUGGCUCUUACAAGGCAUUUCUUUCAGAUGCAGUGCUCAGCAAUCCACCUCUUCUGUGCCAUUAAAAUGCACCUGUGAUGCCACAGUGGCGAUCAUUGGUCCCUGCCUUAUGACAUUCUUCAGCAGUAGACACUAAAGCAUUUCACAAAGUUGCAUGAUAAUUAUUGCUAUUAUUAUAUAGGGAAGGAACUUGAAGCAUAGAGAAUAAAAGAUAGGAGGCGUUAUUAGAAAUAAAACACAGAAUUCAAACUCAGUGAGUUACUUGAUCUUAAGCAUGGUUUUGUGGUGUAAAGGAUUGUCAUGUAUUCCUAGGCCCAAAUAAGUAUGAAAAUCUGAAGGUGAGCUGUGUUAAGUGACUUCAGAAAGAAAAAAAAAAAGUGUAUAUAGCUCAGCAGUUUUUCUAAGUGUAGCUAUUUCUAAAGGAAUUUAUGAAGGCAUGCAUAAAACAGCAAUUAAGAGAAUAGAACAGUAAAUGAAAAUUGCAUAAACUUUCUAGAAUUGGCAGUAUAUUUUAUGGAGUUCAUCUUUCUGCCCUCCCCUCCUCUACACCUCAACAUGAUCCAUUUGGGCUCCUUCAGACAGAUUUAGAAUUACAGAGAAAUCAUUUUCUAGCUGACAUUCUCUCCUUAGCAUUGGCAUUUCAAAAUUUUUGUCAGUAUUGCUGAAAGAGAAUAAAGAGACAGUAUUAGGAGUGCUGUAGUUUAAAUAACAUGCAGGGUUUGUAUUAUUAAGAUGUCUUGUAGUAAUUAAAGUUUAUCUGUGUUUCAUAACGUGGUGACAGUGCAGUGUCAGGCUUUUUGGUAUUAUGUGACAGCAGCUCAGCAGAUGGGUAUGAAAACAGGUUCGUAUGUCUAUUCACACACACACAGAGCUUGUUGCUGCAAGAUACAAAUCUGUAAUCUUAAUUUAGGCUCUGCAUUCAUUUGGAAGAGAAGCCAGUUGUACAGCUUUUAAAAUUAGAAGUUGUACAGCUUUUAAAAUUAGACAAUUUGUCUUUGCUCUUCCAAAAUCACCACCACCACAACGAAAAUCCUGUUUAUGUGCUUGCCUUGGAAUGAUGUGGUGAACAAGGCCAGUGUGGGCCUGCUGCUCUGCAGUGCUGAUGGAUGGUAACAAUAGGAGCACUGGUCUUGCAAAACCUUUACUUGGUCCAAAGGAUUUUUGAGCAAAAUUAUGCAUGUAGCAUUGCAUAAAGAUAAAGUAAUGAAAGCAAUAUUGUUUUAUUAUGUGCAGUGAAACACCUCUCCUUUUUCAUUUGGAAUGAGGAAGGUUGAGUGAACAAAAUUGCUCUAAACAUAUGUUGAGCUAUUGAAAACCGUAAAAAUGCUAGAGCUUGGCCUUUGCAGAACUUAUGUUUGCAGAGUUAGGAUCUCAGUUAGACAAGAAUUCCCAACCAAAGCUAACUUGUUGGAAAGGUUGAAAAGGUGAGUUAUGAAAGGACACAGUGAAGGAGAAACGAUCUUUAGGGAGAGUUGGGUUUUAUUGAAAAUCUUGCAGAUUUUCUAUGAAACUAUUUCCCAGAAGAUACUAGUAGUGAGUCACAGUGAAGCUUUGAGGUCAGCACUGGAACAGAUGGUGAAAUCUGAGGGGUAAAUGAAAGAGCAGAGAAAACAGAGAUGGGAGAGAACUCAAAUUAUGGGUAGAGGUUAUGCAUCAAUAUGUACAAAAAUCUUGAAAUUAGUACGCUGAAAUGCAGAUAUUUUUGGUGGCGUAAAGACAGGUGGUGAGGAAGAAUGCCAUAUCUAGGGGAGCUGUGCUAUCAGUUCAGUGAAUUAAUUUAAGAUUGAUUUAGAGGAAGACUGGCUAUAUCACAUCUACAUUAUCUGGAGUUUGUUUAUCAAGUCUGCUGCCUGCAGUUUAGCAGCUAAUGAUUCCACUUAAUUUGUGUUUGCUGCAAGCUGGGUACUGUAAACACUGGUACAGAAUUAAAUGAGAAUUUUAAUAAGAGUAAUACAUUGACAAAUCAAUAUUUUUCUGUUUCAAGUGAUUUCUGUGACCAUCCGUGGAAGAAUAAAAGGAUUUGAAAGCUGCGUUCUUGAGAAAUUGGUGUAGUUUUUUUGCAUAAAGACAUGCUGAAAUUUCAAGAAACUGCUAAGCAUGUCACUGUUGCCAGAUUUAAUUCUGCUUGCUCAGAUGCCAUGAUUGCAAGAAGAUACACUAUUCAGAGGAAACUUGGCAAUGGGAGCUUUGGAAAUGUGUAUUUGGUUAAUGACAGAAAAGCAAAACAAGGAGAAGAAUUAAAGGUCCUAAAGGAAAUCUCUGUUGGAAACCUAAAGCCUAAUGAAACAGUUGAAGCAAAUCUGGAAGCACAGCUACUCUCCAAAUUAGACCAUCCAGCCAUUGUCAAAUUUUAUGCAAGCUUUGUGGAGCGAGAUAGUUUCUGCAUUAUCACUGAGUAUUGUGAGGGUGGAGAUCUAGACUUUAAAAUUCAAGAGUACAAAGGUUCUGGGAAGAUGUUCACUCAGAGUCAAGUAAUAGACUGGUUUAUACAGUUAUUACUCGGAGUCAACUAUAUGCAUGACAGACGGAUACUUCACAGGGAUUUGAAAGCCAAGAAUAUAUUUUUGAAAGACAAUCUUCUUAAAAUUGGAGACUUUGGAGUUUCUUGUCUUUUGAUGGGUUCAUGUGAUCUUGCAACUACUUUUACUGGGACACCAUACUACAUGAGUCCAGAAGUACUGAAGCACCAGGGAUAUAAUACAAAAUCUGACAUUUGGUCUCUGGGAUGCAUUUUGUAUGAGAUGUGCUGUAUGAACCAUGCAUUUACUGGACAGAAUUUUUUGUCUGUUGUGUUAAAAAUUGUGGAAGGUGAAACGCCUUCUCUUCCUGAGAGAUAUCCAAGCAAACUGAAUGCUGUGUUUUGCAGCAUGUUAAAUAAGGAUCCUUCAUUGAGACCAGCAGCAGCAGAGAUCCUAAAAUCCCCUUAUAUUGAUGAACAACUGAAGAAAAUACAGUACAAGUUCACAAACAUAACUGUGAAAGAUAAGGCACUUAACUGGCAGAAAGAAACUGCUCCCAUUUUUGGUACUGUGCAGAGGAAAGUUCAUUUGCAAACUCUGCAGGAACUUUCUGAAGUUCAGAAGAUGACACCGCGGGAACGAAUGCGGCUGAGGAAGUUAAAUGCUGCAGAUGAGAAAGCAAAGAAGUUGAAGCAGCUGGUAGAAGAAAAAUACCAAGAAAAUAUCAAAAGAAUGCAAGAAUUCAGGUCCCGUAAUUUUCAGCAGCUGAAUGUCAACAUCCUACAUCUCUGUUCUUGUUUCUCCAUGCUGCUUCAUCAUUUGACUAAGGAAUCUGAUGAGCAGACUUCAAAACACCUCGUUCCAAAUCACCUCAUUCAUUCUCAGCUAGCCACUACGGGCAGCUGUGUGUCCACAGGACAUGAUGAGCCACGAGGGAAUGGGAUGAGCGAACUCGGCAUGUCUGAACUUACAGACCACGAUAUCCCUGAAGACCCAGACAUUGCAGAAGAAUAUUAUAAAGAUGAGUUUGAAUCUUGUUCAGAAGACAGUGAAGAGGAGGAAGAUGCAGAAUUGUCAUGGACAGUCUCUAAAAUAAAUCACCAGGACAGUGAUAUGGAGGCAAUGGUUGAGUACUUGGAGGGUGUCCUGAAUAGCAGCUCAUUGGGCUCGAGGACUGUCACCAGAGUGUCUCCAGGGGUGCCCCAGGGAUUCAGAGCUCUCAACAAUACAAUGGCUGAGACCAAGUUGAAACGCAUGAGGGAAUCUGCCAUUGGGAAGCUGGGAGUGGAGGCAUUUGAGGCAGUGUACAGCUGCCUCAAGCAAGCGAGGCAUCAGAAUGCCAGUGAGGAGGAAAUCAGGAGCUGUUUGGAGAAAUUGGUUUCUAGAGCAAGUGAUUGCUUCGAAGUGGAUCAGCUGCUGUACUUCGAGGAGCAGCUCCAGGCUUCAGAGCUGCAUCUUCAGUCCUAACAGUGUGCCAGCAGCAGCUGGGAAUGGCACAGAGGGGGAAGGGGCCUCC